UUUUUUUGUUUCUCAAAUUACAUUCCAACAUGGGUGAUAGCCUCAACUACCGCGGUCAGCUUGUCGGUCACCGUGACUGGGUCACUGCCAUUGCUACCACUACUGAGAACCCUGACAUGAUUUUGACUUCGUCUCGCGACAAGUCUAUCAUUGUCUGGAACUUGGUUCGUGACGACGAGGGCAACUUUGGUACCCCUCGCAAGUCCCUUCACGGACACAACUCUGCGGUUCAGGAUGUGGUCAUCUCGUCCGACGGUCAGUUCGCCUUGUCCGCCUCUUGGGACAAGACCCUCCGUCUCUGGGAUCUCAACACUGGUAUGACCACCCGUCGCUUCGUCGGUCACACCAACGAUGUCCUCUCGGUCUCCUUCUCUGCUGAUAACCGUCAGAUCGUCUCCGGCUCCCGUGACAAGACCAUCAAGUUGUGGAACACCCUUGGUGAAUGCAAAUUCACUAUUCAGGAGGAUGGUCACACCGAGUGGGUCUCUUGCGUCCGCUUCUCCCCUAACCCUGCCAAUCCCGUCAUUGUCUCCGGAGGCUGGGACAAGAUUGUCAAGGUCUGGGAGCUCACCAAGUGCAAGUUGCGCUCCAACCACAUUGGACAUACCGGCUACAUCAACACCGUCACUGUCUCCCCCGAUGGUUCUCUCUGCGCUUCCGGUGGACGUGAUGGCAUCACCAUGCUCUGGGACCUUAACGAGGGCAAGCACUUGUACUCAUUGGAGGGCAAGGGUGAUGAUAUCAUCAACGCCUUGGUCUUCUCACCCAACCGCUACUGGUUGUGCGCUGCUACCUCAUCUUGCAUCAAGAUCUGGGACCUCGAGUCCAAGUCUGUUGUGGAUGAGCUCAAGCCAGAGUUUGCUCACGUUGGCAAGAAGUCCCAACCUCCCCAGGCUGUCUCCUUGGCUUGGUCUGCUGAUGGCCAGACUCUCUUUGCUGGUUACCAGGAUGGCCUCGUCCGUGUCUGGACCGUUGGUUUCUAAGCUGUGCUCUUAACCCUUUCUUUUCCUUUUCUUUUUAUCUAGUCUUUCACUUAUCCUCUUUCUCCUUUAUUAAAACAAGAAUAGAAAAAGAAAAGAAAAGAAAAGAAAAAAGAAAUGUAGAGAAAAUUGAAGAGUAUAUAUAUAAU